GGGCGUCUUUCAACAUGGCUGUGCUGCAGAUGAAAUACGAACAGCCUAACCGGUGGCCCAAUGACUCGAAGGACAGAGCCUGACGCCAUCGCUAAUAGUUGCUGCAGGUCUAGAGGCCACGUCCGUGUGACACCUUAGGAAACGGCGAACAUGGAGGCUGCGACAGCGAUCUCGACUGCGUUAUGACUACUAUGAACUUACAUCUGCACAGCGUCAUGAUAAAAUGGGCGACCCAAACCCUGAGCAUAUGGACCUUUCACUACCAUCUCCAGAUCCAAGGGCGUACGAAGGCGAUGUAGGCAGCACUUUAGGAAAGCCGGAAGUGGUCUGCAAUUCCUCACAUGCGUGCGAGUCAAGAAGAAUACCUGAGUCCUUGUCAAGCGAAGUUCAAGCUGGUCUGAGGACUGGCUCAUUGCAUGCUCGAAAACCUCCACCGUGUACACACGCCAUGGCCAUCAGACCAGAUCAACCUUACCAGGCUGGCAGCCUGGAUUCUGGCUAUGCGUCAGCUAGCAGUAGCAAGCAUGGAAAUCGCAAUGAGAGCAACAGCACCCUCGGAGCGGGGUCCUUAAUUGGGGAGGUUUUCGCAAGGAGCAAGACAAGAUUGCGUCCAUUUGACAAAAAAAUACCAGAUGCGGUCCGAGAUCGAUUCCUCGAUCUGAAGGAACUGUUCAAUGGGCCCCUGCUGUUUCAUUUGCGACGGAAAAGGCUCGACACUCGUUCCAUCACGAUUCGCCUCAAGUCCCUAGGUACUAACGAGGAAUCUGCGAAACCUUGGAUGGUUGUCCUUUGCAGCCCAGCGCUUGCGAAGGAAGUGCGACGAUUCUUCAAUCAACAGCGAGUGAAAGAAGAAAUGCAACCCGACGAACCAGAUCUGCCGUCCUUAGAUGUGAUCGUUGACGAGAGACCAUUAUCACUAACUGUCUCCCACAAGGAAUAUUCUGUUUUGAGCGAGCAUUGGAGUCGCAUUGGCGAGUAUGGGACGCUUUGUGGAACGCCGAUAAAGAUCAUCAAGGACGACCAAGAGCUAUAUGCCACAAUCGGUGGUGUCAUUAGGGUCGUCAAUCGUUACGGAAUCUCUUUGUCGUACGCAAUGACUGUGGGACACAUCCUCAAUAGUUUGGUCACGGAAGAAACCGUUUCAGAGUAUUACAAUGCUGUCGAUGAUGAUUUUGAAGAAGCUGCCUUCUCUGACGGCAGUGACGCCUCGGAUGUAGCAUCGGAAGACUUUGAGAUUGAUCUCGAUGAUACCGAGCAAGAUAAGGAAUUUGAGAGAGGAAAGGCCGUUGAAGAGGCAGGUCAAGAUGGCACGGAUUCAGCGUCACCAUCUGAGGUUCUAAGCUGGUCGAUAGUCGGAAAGGUCCUCAACUUCUACGAACGACCUGGCCAAAGUACCGCAUAUCUGGAUUGGGCACUGAUAGAGCUCGAAGACGAGUCACUAUAUCUGCCAGACAAGCUCCUCUACCAGAGCUACGACACUGCCGCCACCGUAAGCCACUCUAAUGUUGCUUCCGUUCAAGGUCUUGCUAGCAGGGAGAAUAUGUCUGCAUUGGAAGAAGACAGAUUGUGCCUCUUAAAUGGCCGCAAACCCUUGACAGGAGUCCUCAGCAAAGAACCUGCAUUUGUCCUACUAGCACCUGGUGAACGCUUGAUCGAAACGUUCAUCAUUACUUUGGCCGACGGACAAGUUCUGACCAAAGGAGACAGCGGGACCUGGGUCACAGGCGUCCGCAAUUGUUUGCUCUAUGGACAUGUGAUUGGCACAGAUGUCUUUGGGGACGUGUAUAUGGUUCCAAGCUGUGAUGUCUUUCAAGAUAUUCGUGAUCGUCUCGAUGCAAUCUCGGUCGCGCUUCCAGAAAAGCACAAGGAGCCCAAACCUGAUUCUGCCGCCGGCGCCACUUCUAGCCGCGACGCUCUUCGGGAAAGCAAUUCAGAUCGACAGUCCAGUGUCCAUCCUGUCUACUCCGAUUGCGGUUCGACUUUCAUCGACUCUGGUUACGAGACUGUUCGUCCUUCUCAGCUGCGGCCCUUGCCUACAGUGACUAGGAGAAGUUACAAACGAGUCCAAUCAAAACUGGAACCAUUCAAGAAGCUUAUCAAUGAUCUAUACAUCAGACAGGGAUUGCAAAUAGACGAUGUGAAAACCCGGAUCGCAAGCACAUUUGGCGUUGUUCAGUCGAUCAAGCAGUAUAACUUGAAGCUCAAGGAUUGGGGCUUCAAACAUCACCUGGGCACCGUUGACGCAGCCCAUAUCUUGAGGCUGCUGAAUCGAGCGAAGGCAGCGGGAUUACCAGAAGUUGUUGUCUGGUCCUCCCAUCGCAAAACCAGAGGUGACAUCACGAGAUAUAUCAAGAGACAACCCAAGCUGAACGACGAGGCCCACCUGCUAUCCCAGAUAGCGGAUAACGCCCCAACACCACAUUAUAUCCAGCUCGCCGAAGCCUCAACCGAGCAAAGGCCAUCGAGCCUGCCACAAGUUCUGCCUACUGGUCAGUCGGGAGGUCCUUCUGGUCCACUGGCUCCUCAAGUAGGUCUCACUGAGGUAACAGCCUCGAGGAAUUCCACGCCCCCUCUCCAGUUGAGUCCUCAGAUCUUGCCAGAGCGAUCCGAUCUGUUGUACAAUGUAUCCCCGUCAUCUCUUUCGAGUUCCAAGUGCGAAGCUGAUGACAUGGACCUGGACUCUGCUCCGAUCCAAAUGGCCGUUUCAGCGGCAGGACCAGAGGCUUGGUCAGCAUUGCCAGACGUCUACAACCCUUUCUUUCGGUCAGCACAGACAUUCAACCUUUCAAAAGGUGACGUGUUCCAGCAGGUCGAUGACAAUAUCUCUGGAUGGUCUUUAGAGUUCACAAAUGCAGCUCUUUCUUCAACGCCAGUCAGUAUAAACCAAGAAGGCGAAUUGAGGUUUGAUCCUUCUCAACUCGAAGACUACACAGACUACACUCACGCCCGUCAACUGAAUGACGGAAGUCUUCCGGCUGCCUUCGUGAUGAACUGCCUAUUCUGGUUGAUGUGUAUCGGACAGCAAGACGUCGGAUGCCAGGAAAGUGCACCUUACCACCUGGCGUCGGCAAAAUUCAGCCUUUUGAACAUGCUUGAUGUUAACAAUGGUGGAGGUGAAGAAUGCCUCGGAGCACUUGGUGUGGUGAUGGUUUUGUUCCAGUGCCUCGGCCACAGGGAAAAGUUGUUGCACCUGCUGCUUGAAUGUGACAGUGUCACACAAGGGGCUCUUGGUGGCGAGACCCCUCUGGCGAGGACAUUUGCUUUCAAGAUGUCAAUGCUCCAAAGCACCGGAAAGAUUCACGAUGUUCAUUUACUCAGACAAGUUCACCUCGAAGUGCAACGCGCAUUCCCAAUGAGCAAGGGUCCAGCACUGUCAGCGAGGUACAAUUUGGCAUGGGCAAUGCUGGAAAACGCGUUGAAAGAGACCGAUAGGAGGCCGAGGGACUUUGACCCUGCCAGACAAGAAUUGGCACUACUCGCUUCGGAAUGCGAAGCACAUUUUGGUGCAACUCGUAUCGAGACCAUCAUGACCUACGAUACCCUAGCGCGGGCCACUUUCUAUAGUGACGAUGCUGAGAGAGCCGAAGAGAUCAUUGUCGACGUUGUCAUGCCAAGGGUGCGACAGAACUUCCCCGAGGACCAUCCGUAUGUAUGGGAGGUGAAACAUCGGCAUGCAUUUCUGCUGUACCAAUUUGCGCAAAAAGAUCCAGGACUGACCGCCUGGAAGAAACUUCAGCAAGCUGAGCAACUGCUUCGAGAGGUUGUACUGAGGCGACGGCAUGUCCUGGGCGAAUCAAAUCCAAAAUCGUUCCAAUCGUUCUGCAUGCUCAAGGCCGUCCUGCAAAUGGAAGGCAACGUUGAUGAGGCAAAUUCGCUCUGGAGAUGGUGUCAGCAGCAGACCUAAUUGUCUGUGCCAUCUUCGUCUUAAGACUGACCCAGGGACGGUCAUGCUCGCAAAUCACAGGCUGGAGGCGGAGGUGAAGAGCCUCAUUUG